ACAAGGUAUGUAGUCAUGUCAGAAGAGAUCCUGAAGAAGUACCCGGAGCUUGCUGUUGAAGGCUCACCCACUGUAAAGCAAAGGCUAGAUAUAUGUAAUAACGCUGUGACACGGAUGGCUAUUGAAGCUUCACAAGCUUGCAUCAAGAAUUGGGGCAGGCUUGUUUCAGAUAUAACCCACUUAGUCUAUGUCUCAUCAAGUGAAGCUCGGCUACCUGGUGGCGACCUUUUUCUAGCAAAAGGGCUUGGACUCAAUCCCGAGACUCAAAGGGUCUUGCUCUACUUCAUGGGCUGCUCCGGAGGUGUUUCCGGCCUACGCGUUGCAAAAGACAUUGCUGAGAACAAUCCUGGGAGCCGAAUUUUGCUUGCAACUUCUGAAACUACUAUUAUUGGGUACAAACCGCCAAGUGUAGAGAGACCAUAUGAUCUAGUUGGUGUUGCACUAUUUGGGGAUGGUGCUGGGGCCAUGAUAAUUGGCUCAGACCCGAUUUUAGGCAAAGAACAGCCUCUCUUUGAGCUGCAUACAGCAAUCCAGAACUUCCUGCCCAACACCGAGAAGACUAUCGACGGAAGGUUGACGGAGGAGGGGAUUGGCUUCACGCUAGCAAGGGAACUUCCCCAGAUAAUUGAAGAUAACAUUGAAGGAUUCUGUAAGAAGUUAAUUGUUGGAUUUCCUGACAAGGACUACAAUAAGAUGUUUUGGGCAGUCCAUCCAGGUGGGCCGGCAAUCUUGAAUCGGAUCGAAAAGCGACUCGAGUUGUCACCGGAGAAGCUAAAUGCAAGUAGAAGAGCUCUUAUGGAUUAUGGUAAUGCUAGCAGUAACACCAUUGUGUAUGUGCUGGAGUACAUGAUAGAAGAGAGCCUGGUGAUUAAGAAGGAAAACAAAGGAGACAGUGAAUGGGGCAUGAUUCUAGCUUUUGGACCUGGGAUCACCUUUGAGGGAAUUCUAGCAAGGAACCUCACUGUCUAACAAUACAAAAUUUAUUGGUUUGUUUUAUCCGGCUGAUUAAGGUCUGUUAAUGUAGUUUCUUACUAAAAUCUAAAACUAGAAGCUCCUAUUGGAAUAAU